CUUGCUUCCAAGCAAGGAACCCAACGAUCUAAUCCACAUACUUCCCCUCCUACCCUUUUUUCAUCAUUCCCCCAACUCUUCAGCCAUUUAAAUCUCCCCAAACUCACUAAAAAAACUCCAAUCCUCCCAUCGUCGUUUCCAUCAAUCUCUCUCUGGAUUUUCUCACAUUUUUUCAUUUUUUCAUUUUUUCUCUCUGAUGGGUAUCAAAGGAUUCACCAUUUUCUUCAUGCUCCUCGCAAUAUUAUUCUCUUUUCUCUACAUUCCGACCAAACUGACGCUGCCCAUCUCAAACUUCCGGCCGAUUAUGAACUACUUGAAUGUGCAAAGAUCCAACAAGCCGUACCCGGCGACGUUCGCCUACCUGAUCUCGGCGUCGAAAGGCGACACCGGAAGGCUAAAGCGGGUGGUGAAGGCAUUGUAUCAUCCCGCGAAUUACUAUUUGAUUCACAUGGAUUACGGUGCGCCGGCGGCGGAGCACCGGGAUUUAGCGAGGUUUGUGGCGGGGGAACCGGUUUUCAGCCAAGUGGGUAAUGUGUGGCUGGUUGAGAAGCCUAACUUGGUGACGUACAGAGGACCCACCAUGCUGUCCACCACUCUCCAUGCAAUGGCAAUGCUGUUGAGGACCUGCAAUUGGGAUUGGUUCAUUAAUCUUAGUGCUUCUGAUUACCCCUUGAUCACCCAAGAUGAUCUAAUUCACGCCUUUUCGGAGGUGCCCAGAGAUCUAAAUUUCAUACAGCACAGCGGUCACUUGGGUUGGAAAUUGAAUAAGAGAGGGAAGCCAAUAAUAAUAGACCCAGGACUGUAUAGCCGCAAUAAGUCUGACAUUUGGUGGGUUAUUAAACAGAGGUCCGUCCCAACGGCUUUCAAGCUCUAUACAGGUUCUGCAUGGACAAUACUGUCAAGAUCUUUUGCUGAGUACUGCAUAGUGGGGUGGGACAAUUUGCCAAGAACCCUUCUCCUCUACUACACCAACUUUGUCUCAUCUCCUGAGGGAUACUUCCAGACAGCCAUCUGCAACUCUGAAGAGUACAAGAACACUACAGUAAACCAUGAUCUCCAUUACAUCACUUGGGAUAAUCCUCCAAAGCAGCACCCUAGAUCCCUUGUCCUCAAAGAUUAUAGGGGCAUGGUUUUGAGCAACCGCCCGUUCGCCCGGAAAUUCAAGAAAAACGACAGGGUUCUUGACAAAAUCGAUCACCAGCUUCUCAAAAGACGACAUGAGCAGUUCUCUUAUGGGGGAUGGUGUUCUGGGGGUACUGGGAAGAAGUAUAAUACAUGCUCAGCUUUGCAGAGUGAGAAUUUUGGUGUUUUGAGGCCUGGAGCUGGGGCUAGAAGGCUGAAAACUUUGCUCACCAGAACUCUUUCUGAGAGGAAUUUCCACAGGCAGCAGUGUAGAUGAUUCAUUCUUUUAUUGAAAAAAUAAAUGCACAGUGUGAUGGGGUAUAAGCUGCUAUGAAAUCUUCAUUGUGUAGUACUUGCAUUUUUUGAAGAAAGAGCAGGUAAUGAUUUAGGCUUGUGCCUGUUAUUUUUGUUGGGUUUAUAUAUCAAAGAUCCACCUUAAGAAAGAAAGAAAGAAAGAAAGAAAGAAAAAUCUCUUUCGUUUCAGAAUGUGAUAUAGUUCAAGUUUAUUUACAUGUAUGA